CUCCUCUCGUUGGCGGUUCUUUUCCCAGCGUCCCGAGCGCGGCAGCAGCGGCAGUUCCAUUCCGUGACCUUCGCCAACCGCCCGUGUGUCACCGGCUCCAAGAUGUUAAAAUAUUUGACUAAGACAUGGAACACCAUGAGGAUUUACUACACUACGGUUUACCAGGAAAUAUGGGUUGGGUUGGCCUUAACCGGCUAUGUCUAUUACAGACUUUCCUUUGGUGGUAAAAAAGCAGUGGCAGACAAAUCCUCUCCUCCUGGCCAUCAUUAAAUGGCUCUUCGUUGAGUAUGCAUUCCAUGACUUGUCAUCUCUGCUAUAAAUGAAGCAAGCUACCAUCAUAGGGAAGUUAAUUGGACCGCAUAAGCAUUGUACAGUCCUACAACUGUAUAUAAUCCACUGUACUUCAUAGGAGGAAUAAAUGUGUUGAGCAAGAAGUA